AUGGCCGAGUAUUUGGCGUCGAUUUUUGGGACAGAAAAAGACAAAGUCAACUGUUCAUUUUAUUUUAAAAUUGGAGCUUGUCGACAUGGUGAAAAAUGUUCUCGACUACACAACAAACCCACAUUCAGUCAGACUGUUCUGUUGUUAAAUUUAUAUUUGAAUCCACAAAACACAGCUUUAACAGCAGAUGGCUCUCACAUAUUGGUAGAUGAUAUGCAAGCUCAGCAGGAAUUUGAUGAUUUUUUCGAGGAGGUAUUUACUGAAUUAGAAGACAAGUAUGGUGAAAUAGAAGAAAUGAACGUUUGUGACAAUCUAGGUGAUCAUUUAGUAGGAAAUGUCUAUGUUAAGUAUCGGUACGAAGAAGAUGCUGAAAAAGCUGUGAAUGAUUUAAACAACCGAUGGUUUAAUGGUCGUCCAGUCUGUAGUGAAUUAUCUCCAGUCACUGAUUUUAGAGAGGCUUGUUGUCGUCAGUAUGAAAUGGGUGAAUGUACUCGAGGUGGUUUCUGUAAUUUUAUGCAUUUGAAGCCAAUUUCACGAGAACUGAGACGUGAAUUAUAUAGCAGACGACGAAAGAGAGGACGAUCAAGGUCACGAGAAAGACGAAGGUCUCGAUCCCGAGACAGGUCACGUGAUAGACACGGUCGUUAUUGA